UAAGCCUAGCUUGCCUUGCUCCUCCUCGCAUCCACCCCCAAGCUCGCGCUCAACCAAACACACUACAGCUAGCUUAUAGCUAAGCUGUGUGUGCUAGCUCGAUCGGUAGUAACAACGUCCCAGGCAGCCAUGCCGGCCAUCGCGGAUUGCGCGGCCGACCCGCCGCUGGCGGACAGCUACUACACGCUGCUCCGCCUCGGCGGGGACGACGACGACGACGCGUGCACGAAGGUGACCACGACGCCGCAGCCCGUGUCGGAGUGCGAGCUCCCGAUGAUCGACGUCGGUUGCCUGACGGCGCCGACCGGCGCCGCCGCCGCCGCCGCCGUGGGGCAGCAGCAUCAAGCCGAGGAGAGGGCGGCCUGCGCGGCGGCCAUCGCGGCGGCGGCCGCGGAGUGGGGGUUCUUCCAGGUGGUGAACCACGGCGUCGCGCAGGAGCUCCUGGAGGCGAUGCGCCGGGAGCAGGCGCGGCUGUUCCGCCUCCCGUUCGAGGCCAAGUCCAGCGCCGGCCUCCUCAACGACUCCUACCGCUGGGGCACCCCGACCGCCACCUCGCUCCGCCAGCUCUCCUGGUCGGAGGCCUUCCACCUCCCGCUCGCCGGCAUCUCCGGCAAAUCCUGCAACUACGGCGACCUCACCUCCCUCAGGGACGUGACGCGGGAGGUGGCGGACGCGAUGUCGAGGCUGGCCAGGGCGCUGGCGCGCGUGCUGGCGGAGAGCCUCCUGGGCCACGCCGCCGGCGAGCGAUUCCCGGAGGGGUGCGACGACGCGACGUGCUUCCUCCGGCUGAACCGCUACCCGCCGUGCCCCUUCCCACCGGACGACGCCUUCGGCCUGGUCCCGCACACCGACAGCGACUUCCUCACCGUGCUCUGCCAGGACCACGUCGGCGGCCUGCAGCUCAUGAAGGGCUCCCGCUGGGUCGCCGUCAAGCCCAUCCCCGGCGCCCUCAUCGUCAACAUCGGAGACCUUUUUCAGGCGUGGAGCAACAACAGGUACAAGAGCGUGGAGCACAGGGUGAUGACGAACGCGACGACGGAGAGAUACUCCGUCGCCUACUUCCUCUGCCCGUCGUACGACUCGCCCAUCGGCACGUGCAGGGAGCCUUCCCCUUACAAGGCGUUCACCUUCGGGGAGUACAGGCGAAGGGUGCAGGAAGACGUCAAGAAGACGGGGAAGAAGACUGGCCUCAGUAAUUUCCUCGUAUGAGGCGCACACAAAUUCAGUGGCCGGCCAGUUUCAGUUCCGUUCUGUGUAUCAUCAGUAAAUGUACAAUUAUUAAUGACUAAGAGUGCAGUACAUUAAUUAAUUAAUUAAUUAGUUUAUUGUAGCUUAGUUUGACGGUGUACAAGUACUGGUAGGAGAUUGCCGGUAUAUAUGUACGUAGGAAAUAAGAUAAGGGAUCCAUGUACAGUUUAUGUACGGCCUUCGAUCCCUUGUCCUUUGGUUUGAAUUAUGAUGUUUCUUAAACGUGCUGUAUGUAUGUUGAUGAAUAACUAGUAUUUCUUUAGAUUUGUAAGAAA